GUUCUUUUUACCUUUCUCUCGAAUAAUUACUCAUAAAACGAACAUCAACCCCGCCCUCGGGUUUAGUUAGAUGAGUACAUCACGAGGUUAGAUGUUAUGGAGAUGACGUGGAAAAUGCUGAUCAGAGUGAGGGUAGUGGAUGUAGGAGAGGGGGAGAUGAUCCGCUGUGGAGCAUAGACCCUGACAGGAAGCAGGUACAGCAGGGACCGGAAGAGGGCGCCAAAGGCCACAACAGACGGAACCACUGAAGAAGGAAAGGUUUGUACGUGUUGGGUUCGUGAACUUGUGUUCAUGAUGCUGCUGGUUCUGUCUGAAGAUCACAAAGAACACCUCUCCUUCCUCCCAACAGUUGAAACUUCCGUGGUUAAAGAGUUUGGUCGCAUUGCUCUGGAGUUCUUACGGAGAGGGACCAGUGCAAAGAUCUAUGAAGCAGCAGCCAGGAAGCUGUGCGUUUCCAUGGAAACUGUCCAAAAAGGAGUGGAAGGUCUGGUGUUCCUGCUUACAGAGAGCUCCAAACACCUGCUCUCUGAAGUGGACUUCCUGGACUCUGUGUUGGUUCUGGGGUUCAGUGAGGAGCUGAAUCAGUUCCUGUUGCAGCUCUACCAGCAGCACCACAGUCAGAUUCGCAGCAUCCUGAACCAGCUGGUCCACAGUCAGCCGGCCUACCAUAACCUGGAAUGGAGACUGGAUGUUCAGUUGGCAAGUCGUUCAGUUCGUCAACAGGUUGUUCCCACGGUAACGACUCGACUUCAGCUGACGUCAGGAAGUGAGCUGAGCAGCAGAGUGCUGCAGAUCGAUCCCAGCACCCUCCUCCACAUCAUCUCCAGUCUGGAAGCAGCUCUAGCUGCAGUGAAAACCGGCCACGCUCGGCGAAUCUUACGCAACAUUAAAUGAUCCUUCCUGAGCUGGGCUCUGGACCACAAGUCCUUUGGUGGACGAUCUGACAACGUCUCCGGGGAGACACUUCAUGCAGUUCCUCUGCAGCUUUCAGGAAAGAGUUUCUGAUUUGAUACUGAUGGUAGCAAAGGAUCGACUUCUGAUUAAACUAAUUGCUUAUUACCUUCUGAAUGGGCCAAACCGGAUUGUGUGUGCCAAAGUUGUUAAUAAAAAAAGUGUGUUUGUACAACA